AUGGUCAACUUUUCAUCAAUGGGCCCUGUUUUUGAUAAAAAUUUGAGUUAUCAAGCAUUGCCUAAUCCGGACCCUUAUCCUUACAAUAAUGGUACUAUUGAUGGACGUCAUUAUUCUGGUUAUGUUCCUUCAGGCGUUAGUUAUGCUGCAAAUACAACAACAACAGAUUCAUUUAAUAAUAACAUUAACGGAACAUGUAAUAGCACUAACAAUAGUUUACAAAGGAGGGCAACAACAUUAAUGAGGACAUUUCAAGAUUACAAUAAUGGAGGGGUUGUAAAUUAUGAUACUUCUUCAACUGUUAAAGGAAGUAAAGGAGCUGGGUCAAGAUCAAUAAUAUCUGGAAGGGAUUCGAUUCGUGGUGGGGGAAGUGUAGGGGGAGGAGAAUUUCUUUAAAACAGAGGGAAAUUUUGAUUUAUAUUUU